GCAUGUUUGUGAGAAGCUCUUCCAUUUGUGAAGUCCUUACCCCAACACUGAAGGCUGCUGUUGCACUUCUGUGCUGGAGCUUUCUGGUUUUUAAUAAGUGACCGUGACAGAGACCCUCAGUGUAACCUGCAUUGCUCCAGGUCCCAGUCCAAACCCCUCUGUGCCUCUGAUGGCAGAACAUACGAGUCAAUGUGCGACUACCAGAGAGCCAAAUGCCGGGAGUCAAGUCUGAGUGUGACUCAUCGUGGCCGGUGCAAAGAUGCUGGCCAAAGCAAAUGUCGAUUAGAGAGAGCUCAAGCACUGGAACAGGCAAAGAAGCCCCAGGAAGCCGUCUUCAUCCCUGAAUGCAAUGAGGAUGGAUCAUUCACGCAGGUGCAGUGCCAUACCUACACUGGAUACUGCUGGUGUGUGACACCUGAUGGCAAGCCUAUUAGCGGCUCUUCUGUACAGAACAAAACUCCUGUAUGUUCAGGUUCUGUAACUGAUAAACCAUCAAGCCAGGGUAAUUCCGGAAGGAAAGAUGAUGGUUCGAAGCCAACACCUACCAUGGAAACCCAGCCUAUUUUCGAUGGAGAAGAAAUCACAGCACCCACCCUUUGGAUUAAGCACUUGGUCAUCAAAGAUUCCAAACUGAACAGCUCCAGUAUAAGGAAUUCAGACAAAGUUCACUCCUGUGACCAGGAAAGGCAGAGCGCCCUGGAGGAGGCCAGGCAGAACCCCCGCGAAGGUAUCGUCAUCCCUGAGUGUGCUCCCGGAGGGCUCUACAAACCAGUGCAAUGCCACCAGUCGACUGGGUACUGCUGGUGUGUCCUGGUGGACACGGGACGCCCCCUGCCUGGUACUUCCACUCGCUAUGAGACCCCUGUGUGUGAAAGCGAUGCCAGAUCGAAGAGCACAGAGAUUGAUGAUCCGUUCAAGGACAGAGAACUUCCAGGCUGCCCAGAAGGGAAGAAAGUUGAAUUUAUUACCAGCUUACUUGAUGCUCUGACUACGGACAUGGUACAGGCUAUUAACUCAGCAGCACCUACUGGGGGUGGGAGGUUUUCUGAGCCAGACCCCAGCCACACGCUGGAAGAACGAGUGGUACACUGGUACUUCAGCCAGCUGGACAACAACAGCAGCAAUGACAUCAACAAGCGGGAGCUGAAGCCUUUCAAGCGUUAUGUAAAGAAGAAAGCCAAGCCCAAGAAAUGCGCCCGACGUUUCACUGACUACUGUGACCUCAACAAGGACAAGUCGAUCUCACUUCAGGAGCUGAAGGGGUGCUUGGGAGUCAGCAAGGAAGGAGGUAGCCUGAGCAGUUUCCCCAAUGGAAAAAGACAAGGCCUUAACCCUUUCAUAGGUCGCCUGGUGUAGCAGCAGAAGACAGAAAGGGAAGGCCAGAGCCAACCCAAAGGAAAGAAAGCUCCAGGAACAGACGGGAAAACUCCGGGAACACCUUGCUGCUUGUGAGCAAGCGUGCAGCAUCCGCAACAUCCAAUGUAGCAGAAGUGGCACCCAGAACGUUUGCACUUUUUAAUAAUUGGUUUGGGUUUGUUUUUAGUUGCUUUUCAAUGCCAUUAUCUAAUACUUUGGAGAACGAGGGGAAACAGGAUCAUGACUUUUUAAAAUUGGAACAGCUACUGAUGACGUAAAAUUGAGUUCACUGGGACUCAAAGAAAGAUAAUUUUAUAUACUGUAUAUAAAUAUAUAUGUAAAUUGUACAGUUGUCUUGUACAGGGGUUGGAGUCACUGUUCCGUUCCUCCCUUUGCUUUUGAAGGUUGUUAGGGUUAGAGGGACACUUUGCAUUUAAUGGAUUUACAGUAAUGCAUUCAUUUCUGCCACCAAAGCAUGAUUCAGUUGCAAACCUUAACACCCCCAUGCAAAAAGGAGCAAAUGUAUCCGCAUGACUUGUGCUUGCAGAUGUGCGUGCAGUGCCCCAGAUACAAAAUAUUUCCUGGGAUCAGCUGAACUCCUCCUUUUCUUACUGUAAAGCCUUGUGCAACUCAAAGGCAAUUGGGCUUUUGAGGGAGCACAGAUUUCACUUAAGUAUUUGUGCACUGCAAAGCUGCUUAAAGUAGGGGUAGACAAGGGUUGUAUUAAGGACAUACAAAAGUAGUUUCUGCACCUGUUGCAAGGUGGGCAGAAGUGAAUUGCAAAUGCAGUACUAUCGAGGCUCAGAAGACAUGCUUGGCAAAGAUGUGUCAUGCCUCGGGAUCUUAACUCUGUAGGAAGGAUGUGGGAGCCAUAGGCCUAGCAGAGUCAGCAGAGUGAAGUCUUGCAUCUUCCUCUCUGACAAAGUGUUCAUCUUUAUGUUGUACAACAAUAAAAAUAUUGAGAAGCCUGCUAAAAGGAUCAUUAGCCUGCCUAUUGCUUUGCUGAAGAGCAAAGACCAUAUUUGUCAGUGCAGAAAGACACAGUUAUGCUGCUGGUCCCCAAGAGUCUUGUUUACUUCUGUUUUAACACUACAGCUUGGGCUCACUGCUGAAGGUCUGUCUGCAACGACUAUCCUGGCCUUUGGUGGUUGCGAAUCCCAAGCUCCUCUCCUGCACAGUGGUGUGCCUGCCUAGCUUAGAGUAUCCACCCGAUUUGCUGUUACCAGUACCUCCUGUGUUAAUCACACUCAGCAUCACAUUGCAAUAACAGCGGAGGCCUGCAUUGAGGAGCCUGCUGCUCCUGGAGGCCAGAGGGGCUGUUUCAACUACCAGCAGUUUUUCCAAAGUUGUUUCUUACUUAAUCUCAGAUACAACUGUAAAGUCAGCAGCAGGGCAGGGACACCCGUAUCAGCAAUCCUAGGUUUGGGCAGAAUGUGAUGUGAUACAGUGUUUUUGCUUUGUGCAUUUCCAACCACUGUCAGCACUUGCCUGUUCAUCAGAAACAUUCUGAGCAGCCUCCCACUUCAGACCUGGCGAUCCUUGUGCCAGUCAUCUCUGGACCAAGAACCUGUAGUGGAAGAUGCUGACAUGCCAUGCUAAUAUGAGAUCACACCAACAAUUGCUUGUAACAGCACUACAUUAUUGUAGACACUAGGCUCCUACUUUGAGGCUUUGUUGCUUUGGUAAAAGAUGUUGCAGCACAGCAUCUUCACUCUGUGGCAUGUCAUCAUGAUGACAGCAUGGGGUAAACAUAUCACAGCAAAAGUGUCCUGAUGCAGUAAGUUAGUGCCUUGUUGACAAAGUGGAAAGUUUAAAAAAAAAAUAAAAUCUUUCUAUAAAUAACUGUUCAACAGUAGUAAUAACUCUUCCUCUGGGAAGUAGAUUGCAGCUAAUUAAAGCAUCUGGCAUGGUUGAAAACACCUCUGGUAAUCUCUGAAGUAUACAUCACACCACCAUAAUAUAAAGAAGUUGUCUCUUUAGCAAGAGCAGAUCCCACUGCUGGACCUUCAUGGUUUCUCACAUACAAUGUAUGUGGUUUUUUGCCUUGCAGGCUCCUAUCUUCUUGAUUGCAUCUUCUCUUUUUAAAUGCCCAGGGUGCAUCUUCGGUGUGUUGAAAAGACUCGGUGUAGUGUAUAGUUAGAAAUGUCCCUGUUGCUCAUUAAUCCUGUUGUAGGUGUAAAGAAUGAAUCCAACCGUAUAAAAAAAGCCCCUCUCCUUUUAAAAUAUACUAGUUUUAGGAAUUAAAAUCUCUGGCUGCUGGGGUUGGUAUUUGGUUUGUUUGGGGGUUUUUUUAAUGCAGCCAAUUGGAUGUCUAUAGGAGUUCUGUCGGCCAGCCACUGGGGCUGGGCAAUGCCCCACGAGACUGGGUGGGUGGUGCAGAGCUGCUAGAAGUCACUGCAUCUUUUCUUGAGGAAAUGUCAGUAAACCAGCCAGCCAACAUUCCUGCCUGUCACAUAAAUCCUUCUGCAGACCUCCUUUUUCUCAUCCUGGUGUCCUUCCCUUCCAAAAGGCCUGCAUUCACAUGUAGUUUGCAAUUCAAAUGGGUCAGUUCUUCAAGGGAACCAAACAAGGGGAUGGUUGUUGACAUGAGCUUUGUUAUUGGUGGGUAUUCAUGUUGCUGUGCUAGAGCAGACUUUAUGGAUGGAUUUGGGUCCAAGCAUUAUAUUACCUUUGGUUUUACUUCUAUGAGACGAGUCUAAGUCAGCACAUCCUGACUUGCUGGGUUUGCACAGGCCUCUGAGCAGCUUCUGGCAACACUUGUACAUUGGCAUGCAAGACCCAACCAGGGAAUCAGGUAACAUCCAGUAGAGGUUAGGUUACUUGUUCUGGGUUGGUGUGUUGAAAGAUCAUGCAGACAUGAUUCAUAUAAUCAGGCCCUGAUUCCUAUAACCCAUCCUAUGAGUUGUCCAAAUAGUCAGUAUUCUCAGAAGAGAGCAGUGCCUCAGCUCCCCUCUUCCUUUGUUGCUUUUAUCGCCAGAUAACUGGCCAGUCCACCUGGCUGAAAGGCUGAACGUGUCCUUAUCUGGUGGUGGUAAGCAGUCAUCUGCUCUGCCUUGCAUCAGUAGCAUCCUACUGAAGCUGGGACAUGGGGUGUGUCAGCGUUGUGCCUGGAAGCAGACCCUGGGCAUGUCUCUCCUCAUCCUUCAAGUCCUCCUGGGCCUCUCCAGCUCUACUUUGAAUGACAGCUGAAAACAGCUGGGACAGAGAAGAGAACCAGGGCUCCACAGUGCACAUCAUCCACUCUUCCUGCCAGAAGCAAGAAUCUUUCUUUUUUUGCUGAUCCUUCAAGGGCAUAGUAUGUUGGAAGAAACUGUUUUAUGGUGGGAUUCAUCUGUGUGAAGACACCACUUUCCAUGCCUGAGUUUGUACUGAACUUACCCUGCCCCUGCACAUUUCUGCCUAUGGCAUUGUUUGUUAGACUGAAAGGCAUCUGUUUGAUUUUGGUUUUGUAAUAAAAUAGAUAACUUUUGC